UUUCGAGCGGUGUUGAAGGCGAAGCAACCAGCGCGUCUGUCUGACUGGCUGCUGCGCGCGAGGAGACGCUGUAACUUUCACUCCGCAGCUCAGCUGAUGAAAGUGGGAGCUGGAUGGAGAGCUCGCUCCGCAGGUGAACUGGUCCCAUCUGUUUUCAGCACGCAAUCAGGGGGAACGGAUUACUAUGAAGAAGAUGAUGAAGGGAGAAUGUAUGACUUAUUGGCUCCGGUGGAUUUUUAUAUUCUCCAUCCAUCAGUUCUUAUUUGCAUCAGUGGCUGAGUGCGAGGGAAACACUAUCCGGUACCAGACCAGCGAGGAGGACGCGCCGGGUACAAUUAUCGGAAACCUCGCCAAGGACAUGUCACUGAGUCUGUCUCAUUCCUCCAAAACCAAUUUCAGGAUGAUGAAGCAAUUCAACGACUCAUUCAUCAGAGUGAGAGAAAGCAACGGGGAACUCACGGUCGGGGAACGAAUUGACAGGGAAAGAAUCUGCAGACACACUCCGCUGUGUCUCGUCACCUUUGACGUGGUGCAUUUCUCCGACCGCUACAGAUUGAUUCACGUGCAGGUGGAAAUAAAGGACAUCAACGACAACUCUCCGGAGUUUCCCAACAAAGAAUAUGUAGUGGAGAUCUCCGAGAACGCAGCAGCGGGGUCCCGCAUCCCUUUAGACCCGGCGGCGGACGCCGAUGUCGGGUCCAACUACAUCCAAAGCUAUCAAAUAUCUGUCAACAGUCAUUUCACCAUAGAUGUGCUCCUGAGAGCGGAUGGGGUUAAAUAUGCGGAAUUGGUGCUAAUGAAGGAGCUGGACAGAGAGACCCAGUCUUCAUACACCGUGGAGCUAGUGGCCACGGACGGAGGGAACCCGUAUAGAUCGGGUUCAACAAAGAUAACUAUCAAAGUGACGGACUUUAAUGACAACAGCCCCGUUUUUGACCAGAGCAGUUUCUCCGUCAGCCUGCCGGAGGACGCACCGGUCGGCGCGUUCAUACUGGACUUGAACGCAGUUGAUGCCGACGAGGGCUCGAACGGAGAAGUCGUCUACGGCUUCGGAAAACAGGUUUCUCACGAGAUCCGAGAACUUUUCCGAGUGGAUAACAAAUCGGGCCGCCUGACGCUCAGGAGCGCUCUGGAUUUCGAGGACAAGGACACCUACGAGCUGGACGUGCAGGCGACCGACCUGGGUCCCAACCCGACCCCCUCGGUGUGCAAAAUCAUAAUUCACGUCACGGACGUAAACGACAACGUCCCAGAAAUCAGCAUCACCCCGAUGACCUCCAUCACCACGGGCGCCGCGCACAUCAGCGAGGCGGCGGAGAGGGACAGUCUGGUGGCGCUGAUCAGCACCUUGGACAGGGACUCGGGCGUCAACGGCCAGGUCCACUGCACGUUGUACGGCCACGACCAUUUCAAACUCCGACAGGCCUACGGAGACAGCUACAUGAUCGUCACGGCGGCGGCCCUGGACAGGGAGAGGAUCAGCGAGUACAACCUGACGGUCAUGGCCGAGGACUUUGGAUCGCCCGCGCUGAGGAAGAUCACGCAGUACACCAUCAGACUCAGCGACGAGAACGACAACGCCCCUCACUUCACCAAAGCCGUGUAUGAAGUUUCUGUGGCGGAAAACAACGCCCCGGGCGCCUACAUCACCACGGUGGAGGCCAGUGACGCUGAUCUUGGGAAUAACGGCAAAAUCGCGUACCGACUGGUGGACAGCGUGAUCAUGGGGUCCCCAGUGAACACCUUCGUGUCUCUCAACUCAGUGUCCGGCUCGAUUUAUGCGCUCAGAAGUUUUAAUUAUGAAAUGAUGAAAGUGAUAGACAUACACAUCCAAGCCAGUGAUGGGGGGUCACCACAGCUGCGUGGCACGGCUGUCAUCAGACUAAAAAUAGCUGAUCAGAAUGACAACCAACCAUCUAUCAUAACGCCGUCCCUUUACAAAGGAUCUGCUGAGAUCUUCCUGCCUAAAGAUGCCCCUGCGGGUUAUGUGGUAACCCAGAUAAAGGCCACAGACGCCGACGAAGGCAUGAAUGCUCAGCUGUCCUAUAAAAUCACAGAGGGCGGACACCUGGGUUUCUCUAUCAACAAAGACACCGGGAAGGUGCAUGUGAGCCGACAGCUGACUUAUGAUCUCGCAGACAAUGUCAAAGUCACCGUCUCAGUCAGUGACAAUGGAUCCCCGGCACUUACCUCCACUGCCAUUAUACACUUCAGCUUCAUCGAAGGAAGUCUACCCAGUAUGCCUUCGUUGGCUCAAAAUGGCAGCGAGGGGCUCUUUGAAUGGGACAUGUCCAUAGCCAUAAUCAUUGUCCUGGCAGGGAGCUGCUCCCUCCUCCUGCUGGCUAUUAUUCUCAUCACAACCAUUUGCAGCCGCCGGAAAAAAGAGACAAGGGAGGGAGAUUACGACGAUAAAGAAGACACACCGAAUGUGGAGAACGUGGAAAGUGGUCAUGUUGAUUCAUUGAUCGCAAACCACAAAGGGAAAGUUUUUGAUGCCCACCCAUUUCCAGAGACUACACCAUUGGCCAGCAGCAACGCAGCAGAGACGGGCUGUAAGGAUGGCAGGCAGACAGCAGUCAUCUUUGACUCAAACAGCAGGGUGACGGAAGGUAAAUUGAAGCAGGGUUACUCAACGCUACCGGGAUAUGGCAAAGAAACGGUUCGACCAAUAACAAUAUGGAAGGGUAAUUCAUUCACAACAAUCUCAGCACGAGAUCCACACAUCAGUGGCAAGGACAGCGGGAAAGGAGACAGCGACUUCAAUGAUAGUGAUUCUGACAUAAGUGGAGACGCGCACAAAAAAGAGUCGCCGCCAACAAACAGUCUCUGGGCAUGUACGAGCGAAUGCAAAGUGUUGGGACACUCGGACCGAUGCUGGAGCCCUUCGGCGACGAGGCCCAACACGAGUAUGGCCUGCGGGCCGCAUCUGUCCACCUUCAACAAGACUGCUUCACUUCCCCGGAACACCGCGAGGGAGAACUACUAUCCAGCUCUCAUACCCAAAACCAACGGGCUGCAAAGUGUGUACGAAAAAGUCCAACACCAGGAAUUUGAUUACAUCCUCGUUGGUCCAUCGACGCCGGCCAGAAUACAGGAGGCGGAUGAGAUGUCCAUUCCAGAGUACACAAACUCCUGAAGAUCAGACUUGAUUAAAAUGGGAUCCAGUCUUUAUACUGUACAGUACUUUUGUCUUAUUUGAAUCUAUGUUGGAUUGUUGCAGUGCUUUUCAGUGUGUCUAUUGGCUCAUAUAUGACUGUUCAUUGUAUCAUGUGUAAUAUGCAAGAUUUUGUACAUUGAUAAUAUAUUUUUCAUAAUGAUUCAUUGUAAAGAAGAACUUUUAUUAUGAAUUUUGAAGAGCAUGUGUUACUAUUUAGACAUAUGGACAUGUAAGGCUGCAAUGGGCCUCUCUGCUGUGGAAAACAAUCAAUAUGAAAGGUUACCAUGUUUGUGGUAGAUUUUGUCCUGCUGUUGCACAAAUAAACAGUUAAAAAACA